GUUGGUGCGUGUUCGGAUUCGGGUUGGAAGAGACUCUGCCCCGUCCCGGUGCCUGCUGCUUUUGCUGCUGGCUGCUGCUGGUGGGCAAAGGAAACGGAGGUGUUACUGGAACUAGUUUAGAUGUGUUUACUCCGUGAUCAGCGGUAGUUGUCAUCAUUGCGUUUGACGUCGCGUGUGCAUUAGAAGGCGUUCCGGCCCGGCCCGGCCCGUCCCAAUAAGUUGGCCAAAAGCGAACCAGUGAAGGAAAACGCGCUAAGAAUUGACAUUUCGGCUGCUUCGACAUCCACAUUGCGGCCGGCGUCGCUGUCGCCGACGCUGUUGCUGCUGCUGCUGUUGUGUGGCAGCAUAGUUGUUAACCAAACCCCAGAGACGGCUGUUGGCUCAGAAGCGAUCGGACCUUACUACCCAGCAGACGGUCCUGCCUGUCUAACGCACGAGAACAAGAACUUCGUUUCGUCUUCGCCGUCGUAGUCGUGGUCAGGUGAAUGCCAUCGGGGCAACGUGCCUCGCAUUCGAAAAGAUAUUCCGAGUCGCGAUUCGUUGUGGCGGCUCCAUAUACUAUUUAGCAGACAACUUAUAUAUGGUAUCCCCAGUUCAAAACGAAAACAAAUUGGGAAGAUAACAGCAGCAGCACCAGCUCCAGCUCCAGCCAAAACAACAGCAAAAAUGUUUGCAUUUAUACGGAUUUUAUUACUUUGUGUGCAUUUGCUGCAUUUUAAAAUAAUCUCGGGAGUGGAUCUGGAUCUGCCAGAGGUAUUUGGCGGGGAAGGAGCAGCAGGAGGGCCUGUGUGGCAAAAUGGUGAAAUCAAGGCGGCGCCCGGGGCAGGAUCUGCCGUAGUCAAUGCCACAGAGGAGCAGAGCCUUGGUGUGUCCGUGGAAGAUCCCUCGUCAGCGAGCCUGCACCGGAGACACCGUCAGCUCUUCUUCGACCCGAAUCUCUUUCUGCUCCAGGCCGGCAUGGGUGGUGGAUGGGAGGGAUCCAAGUGUCUCACGGCCCACGGUCAGCCCGGGGCUUGUGUCCGCAUCAACAACUGUCGCCAGUAUUACCGAGUGGCCCGCCAGCUGACCUUCAUCGCUCUGCGGCAGUGGCCACAAAACCCUGCCCUCGGCUUGGGCGGAAAUCUCUGCAACUUUUUCGACCAGCUGGGACGCAUCAACAACGGCAUCUGCUGCACGGACAUGGAUGCCAACACUUUCGGAGUGUUUCCGCUGCUGCCGACUCCAACGACGACAGAGAGACCUUCGCCGGUUGCCGAUGAGGGAGAUAAAGUGGAUGAGCCCGAGGAGGAGCAGGAGCCAGUCAACGUUGACACUGUGGAUCAGCCGGCGGACGCACCACAUCCAGAGGAUCAUCCCAUCGAUAAUGGGAACAGUGUGGAGGACACGCCAGACUUUCAGGAUGUGAACACAAUCGAGGCCAAUGCCCCAGGACCGGAACCCGAACAGGGUGCGGAACCAGAGCAAGAGGCGAUACCUGUGCCCGCCACACCUGUCUACCCAUACCAGUGGCCAUUCGGCUCAUUUGCAGGAGGUCCAGUGGCUCAGUGGCCCCCACCGCUGCCCACACAUCCUCCUACAACGGGCGGCUGGCCGCCACCGCUUCCCACCCAUCCGCCCAACCACCACUAUCCGACGCACCCCUCUACGGCCGGAGUGCCCCGACCCACUGCUGUGCCCAGCACCAAGCGGACUACCCCAAGACCUGCCGCCAGACCCACAACCACCAAGCGUCCCACCUAUCCAAGCUAUCCGGUGACCUCGGCACCUGCGCCGACGACCACGCGACGUCCAGUGAGUGGAUCCAGUCCGGAGGGCUUGCCACUGCAGUGUGGCAACAAGAAUCCGGUGUCGCCGGAUCAGGAGCGCAUUGUGGGCGGGAUUAACGCCAGUCCGCACGAGUUCCCCUGGAUAGCGGUGCUCUUCAAGUCGGGCAAGCAGUUCUGUGGCGGCAGUCUGAUAACCAACACUCACAUCCUGACAGCAGCACAUUGUGUGGCACGCAUGACAUCGUGGGAUGUGGCGGCCUUGACGGCCCACCUGGGUGACUACAAUAUCCGGACGGACUUUGAGGUGCAGCAUGUGGCGCGCAGAAUCAAACGACUGGUGCGGCACAAAGGCUUCGAGUUCAGUACGCUGCACAACGACGUUGCCAUUCUGACUCUCAGUGAGCCUGUUCCCUUCACGCACGAGAUCCAGCCGAUUUGCUUGCCCACGUCGCCGUCGCAGCAGUCGCGCUCGUACAGCGGCCAGGUUGCAACGGUAGCCGGCUGGGGCAGUCUGCGGGAGAACGGACCACAACCAUCUAUUCUGCAGAAGGUGGACAUACCCAUUUGGGCGAAUGCGGAGUGUGCUCGCAAGUACGGACGUGCAGCGCCCGGUGGCAUAAUCGAUUCGAUGAUAUGUGCUGGCCAAGCCGCAAAGGACUCCUGCAGCGGCGACUCUGGUGGUCCAAUGAUCAUCAACGAUGGCGGACGCUACACUCAGGUGGGCAUCGUUUCGUGGGGCAUUGGCUGUGGCAAGGGUCAAUAUCCGGGCGUCUAUACGCGUGUCACGUCGCUGCUGCCCUGGAUCUACAAGAAUAUCAAAUAAAUAUAGUAUUUUGAUUAGUCUAAGACGUGAUAUGCAGACAUGCAGAGCGAAUAAUGUAAUAAAUCGACAAAACUUUAAACGAA